UUUAAAAAGGUAUUGGCAAUUAGCCAAUUACGUGGAAUCCUUGCUCAAAAUCGCCGAAUUCAAGAGUUGGAUGAACUUAAAAAGCUUUAUGAAUCGACUUCAACAACAUCUUUAUUAAACCAUUCUAAAGAUGUGCCAAGCAAUUUAACAGUCCAAUAUACUAAUGAUGAAAGUGAUUACGAUGAAAUUGAUAAUAUGAGUGAAGAUAAUGAAGAUGAUAUUACAUUAUGGUCAUCAAUUUCAGAUGAUGAUUCAGAUGAAAAUUUAUCGGAUUCAGAAUCAACUGACUUAGAUAAAUUGUUAGAUAAUCAAGAGUCUUCAGUAGGUCGUAAAGUCAAGUGGCCAUUAAAUAGAUUGUUUACUGCUGAUUUAGAAGCACCAUUUUUUGCUACAAUUUAUUUUAUUUUUUUUGAAAAAAGAAAAUAUAAAUAUUGA